AGUACUUAAAAGUGCAUUCUCAUUAAGGCUUUAUAUCAUCGUAUUGCACUAAAGUAUCGUUAAAUUCCCUAACUAAAGCAUGUUUUAUAAUAACAAGUCUAAUAAUAUAAUAUAUCUUUAAUUUAUGGUAAAUGCUUGUUUUGAAUGCAGGUAUAUCUCACAAUUCAAAGGAUUGAUUGCUGUGAUUAACAAUUGAAAGUGAAGAGACAAAAAGAGGAUUAGGCUAAGAGAAGAGAUGCUGGUUCAAUUCCAAACUAGAACACUAUUCGGUUAUUUGAUCAUAACUGGAGUUGUAGAACUCGGAUUUAGGUCCACUUUAUAUGGAUGGAAAGAUAAGACAUAGACCUAAAACUUUCAUGAAGGGUCCAAAACUCAAUUCUGCCAUUUUCAAGUUCAAAUAUUAGCAACAACGGAGAAGUCGGAACCUGUCCUGCAGCUCAAACACUGUUCGGUUUUCAGCUCAUAUCUUGAGUUCUAGAAGUCCAAAUGAGCUCUGGUUUUUUUUGUUGGAAAGCUGAGACAAUUGCCCACAGCUUUCAUGGAACAAAGGGCUCAAAUUCUGAUGUUAGCAAUGACGUUUUGGCCAGCCAACAAUAUCAAAAAUUUGCCAACAAUUUCAAGAACCAGCAGCCAAUAAUGUCAAAAACCAGCCACCAAAUCAAUGGUUGGCCACCAACUAUUUUCUUAGUCCACCAAUCAAUAGUUCUGAAUCUUAGCCUAUAAAAGGAGGCAUUUGCCAUGUAUUUAGAUAUAUUAUUUUUCAGAUCAAAAUCAUGUUCUUGUUUUCUCUCUUUAUAUCUUUGUAAUGUUCAAGUUUUCUUUCAUGUUAUAUUAAUCUCUUGUUUAUGCUUUUUCAUUUCCUUUCCUAUAAUUAGUUAACUUAUAUCAUGUUUAUGUUCUUAUGUUGUUUAUUUAUGUUUUUCUUCUUCAUUAUGUUUAGCUAAGUUAACUAUGUCAAGGUGAAAAGGUUUUACUAAUGGUGUUAGAAUAUGUAUAAUAUAAACUCAACAUGGACUUUAAUGUUUAUAUUCAAGAAAAAUUGUUAUUAGCAUGUCUUAUCUUUUUAUCUUAAUAAUCCUUAAUACCUUGCUUGUUAAAUGGUUAAUCUAGAUUUGUGUUGUAUAACACUUGGUACAUCAAAUGCUUGAUCCUUCAUAGUUUUCGGCCGACAUCGUUGUUAUGAUAGGAACUUGAUUUGUUGUUAACAUAAGCUAGCAACAUGAAUGCCUGAUGAUAUUUAUAAGUAUGGUGUUACUUAGACAAGAUAAUUAAUAUGAUCAUGUUAAUACUUUAUAAUGAGCCAUUAAUGAUAAAUCAUCCGAUUAGAACCUCCUUUGUGUGUGGUUUCUAGUUGAGUAAUAAAAAGAGUUUAUAUUAUAUUUAUUUGAAAUACCAUUAGUGAAUUCUCUAACCUUGACAUUUGUUUUUAUCAUUGUUUAAUCCUUACAUUAAUCUUCCAUCUCAAAGUUCUCAUUAAUUUCUUCCUCUUCUUCUUUUUAUUAUUAUUAUUACUACUACUAUUAUUAUUAUUAUUAUUAUUAUUAUUAUUAUUAUUAUUAUUAUUAUUAUUAUUUACAUUCUUGUUAUAUGUUAUGUACGUUAAGUAUGCUCUGUGUUUGAUCAAGGAUCCUGACAUUGUUGGUCUUGCCUUAUUCAUUCACAUCAGAAAUCUGUUUAUAUUAUAUAAUAUAUCUCUUUGAUCUUUUCAUAAAAUCAGUAUAUAGGCUGGAAACCUGUGACCCGAUCUUUUAGAUCAUUCUCAGGUAUAACAACGCCACGUACUGAGUAUUAUUAUUAUUAUUAUUAUUAUUAUUACUAUUAUUAUUAUUAUUGUUAUUAUUGUUGUUGUUGUUGUUGCUGCAUUGUUAUUUAUAAUUUAUACAAUUAACCUCUCUGUGGUUCGACCCCGGUCUUGCCGGGUUAUUUAUUACUUCGACACUCCUGCACUUGGGAGAAGACAUCAAUCUUUUGGUCGUGUCAAGUUUUUGGCGCCGUUGCCGGGGAGGUAAGUAUUGUAUCAAUUUUAUAUUUCUUUUAUUUUCUUUUGUUUUUUACUUUUAUUUGUUUUUCUAAUUUUGUUCCUUUUCUUUUUCUUUUUAUUUUUCUUUUCUUUUCUUUUGCACUUGCAUGAGAGUUUGGACACGUACAUUAAGUGGUAGACUUUCUAGGAAAUCCUCAUUUUCUUUACAAAACAUGGCCGAAGAAGAUAACCAGUCAAUUCAUAAUGAGAAUAAUGAGAAUAAUCAUGUGAGAACACUUAGAGAUCACAUGAAUCCAACAAGAACAAGUGCACCAUCAUGUAUAGUUUUUCCUCCUGAUGCUUCUCAUUUUAAUUUUAAGCCAGGUAUUAUUCAACUUUUACCCACUUUUCAUGGCUUAGAAUUAGAAAAUCCAUAUUUGCAUUUAAGAGAAUUUGAAGAAGUUUGUAACACCUAUAAUGACUUAAAUUGUAGCAUGAACACCAUCAGAUUAAAGCUUUUUCCUUUUUCAUUAAAAGAUAAAGCUAAAACAUGGCUACAAAAUAUUAGGUCAGGAUCCAUUCGUGCUUGGGAUGAAAUGCAACAACAAUUUUUAAAGAAGUUUUUUCCAUCUCACAGAACAAACUCUUUCAAAAGACAAAUCACCACUUUCACUCAAAAACCAGGAGAAACAUUUUACAAGUGUUGGGAUAGAUAUAAAGACUUGCUUAAUACCUGUCCUCAUCAUGGUUUUGAAACAUGGAGAUUGGUCUCACAAUUUUAUGAAGGGUUAACACCUAAAGAUAGACAAAUGGUGGAAUUGAUGUGCAAUGGAACUUUUGAAGAUAAAGACCCUGAUGAAGCAAUGGAGUACCUAGACUUGCUAGCUGAAAAUGCUCAAAAUUGGGACACCACAGGUACGUGUGAGGCACCAGGUAAAACUCAACCUCAUACAUCUAAUGGAGGCAUGUACAACCUUAGGGAAGAUCAUGACCUCCAAGCCAAAUUUGCAUCUUUAGCUAGAAAAGUUGAGGCACUAGAAUUAAAAAAGAGUGGUCAAAUAAAAUCUGUUCAAGAAAUUAUGUGUCAAAUUUGUGAAACUAAUGAACACUUAACCAAUGAUUGUCCAACUUUGCCUUCUUUUAAGGAGUGUCUCCAUGAACAAGCCAAUGCUUUAAAUAGUUUCCAAAGGCCAAGUCAUAACCCAUACUCGCAAACGUACAACCCUGGUUGGAGAAAUCAUCCAAAUUUCAGUUGGAAGAGUGGUAACAAUAAUGCACAAACUUCACAGCCACCAUUUCAAGCACAACAUAAUUUUCAAAAUUCUCAUGGAUAUGCACCUCCUUAUAUUCCCCCUCCUAGAAGAAAUCUUGAGGAAACACUGCAUGCAUUCAUUGAAAAGCAAGAGACAAUCAACUCUCAAAAUGCUCAAACCAUGACAGAUCUAAAAGAUACUCUUGCAAAGUUCACAUCUGCUCUUAGUUUUCAGGAGAAAGGUAAGUUUCAAUCUCAACCCCAGCAAAAUCCCAAAGGGCAAUACAAUUCAAGUGCAAGUGGUUCCGGAAGCCAACAUAUGGAUCAAGUCAAAUCAGUCACAACUCUCCGCAGUGGUAAGGUUAUUGAAAAACCCGUUCUUGAACCUUGUGAGAAAGAAGAUGAGUUAGUCUCUGAGGGUAAGGAAAGGGUUGAACCUGAACACUGCAAGGAGGAGACUGAUUCCCCACCAGCACUUCCAUUUCCUCAUGCCAUGACCAAACAAAGGAAAGUCAAUCAUAAUUCUGAAAUCUUUGAAACUUUCAAACAGGUAAGGAUCAAUAUACCUUUGUUAGAUGCUAUUAAACAGGUACCGUCUUAUGCUAAAUUUUUGAAAGAUCUGUGCACUGUGAAGAGAAAACUGAAUGUGAAAAAGAAAGCCUUUUUAGCCGAACAAGUAAGUGCCAUUCUUCAGAAUGAUAAUGCUUUGAAAUAUAAAGACCCUGGUUGUCCUACAAUUUCUUGCUUUAUUGGAGAACAUAAAAUUGAUAGAGCUUUACUUGAUCUUGGAGCUAGUGUGAAUUUACUUCCAUAUUCGGUUUUUCAAAGUCUCAAUCUAGGUGAGUUAAAACCUACUUCUGUAACUCUUUUACUUGCCGAUAGAUCUGUAAAAGUGCCUAGAGGAAUAGUUGAAGAUGUGUUAGUACAAGUUGAUAAAUUCAUCUUUCCUGUGGAUUUUAUUGUCUUGGAUACACAACCUAUUGAAGCAUGCAAUUCAAUUCCUGUUAUUUUAGGACGUCCAUUUCUUGCAACUUCUAAUGCAUUGAUUAAUUGUAGGAAUGGAGUGAUGAAGUUAUCUUUUGGAAACAUGACAUUGGAGAUGAAUGUUUUUAACAUUUGCAAGCAACCUGGAGAUGAUAAUGAUUUACAGGAAGUAGAUUUUAUUGAAAAAUUAAUUUGUGAUCAAUUUGAAAACACUUCCAGUGAAACUGAGUUUAAUGAAUCUGAUGAUUUGCAAAUGGUUUAUUUUCAGGAAGAAUCAAAGGCAAAUAGUUGGAGACUAAAAAUUGAGGAAUUGCCACCACGAUCAAUUGAGUCCAUACCUUCAAGUGUUCAACCACCAAAACCCGAUUUGAAGCCAUUACCAUUUAAUCUCAAAUACUCAUUUUUGGGAGAAAAUGAAACUUUUCCGGUAAUAAUUUCUUCCAAACUUAAUGUUCAUCAAGAAGGUAAGUUAUUACAAACUCUGAAAACGCACAAAAAUGCAUUAGGAUGGACCAUAGCUGACAUAAAAGGAAUUAGUCCUUUGAUUUGCACACACAAGAUUUAUUUAGAGGAAAAUGCUAAACCCUCUAGAGAAAUGCAACGAAGGCUUAAUCCUAAUAUGAAAGAAGUAGUGAGAAAUGAAGUCAUUAAGCUUCUAGAUAAUGGAAUCAUUUAUCCUAUUUCUGACAGCAAAUGGGUAAGUCCUACCCAAGUUGUACCUAAAAAGUCUGGAGUUACUGUGAUAACAAAUGAGAAGAAUGAGUUAAUUCCAACUAGGACUAUUACUGGUUGGCGCAUGUGCAUUGACUAUAGAAAACUUAAUUCAAUGACUAGAAAAGAUCAUUUUCCUUUACCUUUCAUGGAUCAAAUUCUAGAAAGAGUUGCAGGUCAUGAAUUUUAUUGUUUUCUAGAUGGCUAUUCAGGUUAUAACCAAAUUGAAAUUGCAUUUGAAGAUCAAGAGAAAACUACUUUCACAUGUCCAUUUGGUACAUUUGCAUACCGAAGGAUGUGUUUUGGAUUAUGUAAUGCACCAGCCACGUUUCAAAGAUGCAUGCUUAGCAUAUUCAGUGAUAUGGUUGAACGUUUUCUUGAGAUUUUUAUGGAUGAUUUUUCUGUUUUUGGUGAUUCAUUUGAUGAUUGUUUAACUAACUUGGAAAAGGUUUUGAACAGGUGUGAAGAGAAGAAUCUUGUGCUAAAUUGGGAAAAAUGUCAUUUUAUGGUAACAAACGGCAUUGUACUUGGUCACAUUGUUUCAUCAAUAGGAAUUGAGGUUGACAAAUCUAAAAUAGAGUUAAUUGCUAACUUGCCAACACCAAAAUCUGUUAAAAACGUUAGAUCAUUCUUAGGACAUGCUGGUUUUUAUAGAAGGUUCAUCAAAGAUUUUAGUGUAAUAUCUAAGCCAUUGUGUAACCUUCUAACAAAGGAUAAUGUUUUUGAAUGGACUGAACAUUGUGAAGAAGCCUUUGUUAAACUUAAAAACUUGCUUACUUUUGCUCCUGUCAUUCAACCUCCUGAUUGGUCAUUACCUUUUGAAAUAAUGUGUGAUGCUAGUGAUUAUGCCGUGGGUGCUGUUUUAGGACAAAGAAAAGAUAAGAAACCCUAUGUGAUUUACUAUGCAAGUAAAACUUUAAAUAGUGCUCAAAUGAAUUACACCACCACUGAAAAGGAAUUACUUGCAGCAGUAUUUGCAUGUGAAAAAUUCAGAUCUUAUCUUGUUGGCUCACCUGUUAUUGUUUUUAGCGAUCAUGCAGCAUUGAAAUAUCUUCUUUCUAAGAAGGAUUCUAAGGCUAGAUUGGUGCGGUGGAUUUUGUUACUUCAAGAAUUCGAUAUCACAAUCAAGGAUAAGAAAGGCACCGAAAAUGUUGUCGCAGAUCAUUUGUCAAGAUUGACAACUGAUUCGAGAUCUGACAUCACACCAAUCAAUGACUACUUUCCUGAUGAAUCUUUACUUUCUGUCUCUACGAUGCCUUGGUUUGCUAAUAUAGUUAAUUUUCUUGUUUCAGGACAUUUGCCAGCUCAUUGGAGUACCCAAGACAAAAGAAAGUUCUUGAACGAAGUGAAGAACUUUUAUUGGGAUGACCCUUACUUGUUCAAAUAUUGUCCUGAUCAAAUAUUUCGAAGAUGCAUUCCCGACAAUGAGGUAAGUAGUGUCAUUAAAUUUUGUCAUUCUGAGGCAUGUGGGGGUCAUUUCUCAUCAAGAAAGACAACUGCAAAAAUCUUACAAUGUGGAUUUUAUUGGCCCACCAUGUUCAAAGACACGCAUGCAUUCUGCAAAACUUGUGAAAAUUGUCAAAAGCUAGGAUCUAUUUCAAGACGUCACAUGAUGCCUUUAAAUACUAUUCUUGUCAUUGAAAUCUUUGACUGUUGGGGUAUAGAUUUUAUGGGUCCAUUUCCUCCAUCAUUUGGUUUUGUGUACAUAUUAGUCGCAGUAGACUAUGUUUCAAAAUGGAUAGAGGCAAUUCCAAGUCGUAACAACGAUCAUAAAACAGUGAUCAAGUUUUUGAAAGAAAAUAUUUUGAGUCGAUUUGGAAUCCCUCGGGUCAUGAUAAGUGAUGGUGGAACACAUUUCUGUAACAAGCCAUUUGAGUCUUUAAUGAAGAAAUAUGGAAUCACACACAAAGUUGCCACCCCUUAUCACCCUCAGACAAAUGGACAAGUAGAACUUGCUAAUAGGGAGAUCAAACAAAUCUUGGAAAAAACAGUGAACCCUAAUCGGAAGGACUGGUCUUUAAGACUUAAUGAUGCACUUUGGGCUUAUCGCACUGCUUUUAAAACAUCAUUAGGUAUGUCACCUUAUAGGUUGGUUUAUGGAAAACCUUGUCAUUUGCCUGUGGAACUUGAACACAAAGCUUAUUGGGCUAUUAAAGCUUUCAAUUCAAACCUGGAUGAUGGUAGCCAUCUGCGUAAGUUGCAAAUAAAUGAGCUUGAGGAAAUAAGAAAUGAUGCAUAUGAAAAUUCAAAAAUUCAUAAAGCAAGAAUCAAAGAGUUUCAUGAUAAGAGAAUCUUGAGAAAAACAUUUGAUGUUGGUCAAAAAGUUUUGCUUUAUAAUUCUCGACUCCAUUUAUUUCCUGGAAAGCUAAGAUCAAGAUGGAGCGGUCCAUUUAUUGUGAAACAUGUGUAUCAUUAUGGGGCCUUUGAUAUUGAGAAUCCAAAGAAUGGCAAUGUUUUUAAGGUAAAUGGACAUCGUUUGAAAGCUUACUUUGAUAAUUUUCCUAGUGAAAUUGAAUCCAUUGGUUUGAAUGAUCCUGUAUAUAAAGGUUGAUUAUAUU